CAAUCUGUUUCUCUCUCCUUUUUUUUUUUCUUCUUCUUGUAUUUCAACGAGAGAAAACGGUGAACUUAUUACACGCCUAAGCUUUUGAAAACUUCUUUGAACUCUCUCUCUCUCUCUCUCUCUCUCUCUCUCUCUCAAUCUCAACUUGUUUGUCAUCGUUGUGUUAACUGGGAUCUUCUCCCGCCUGAGUUUGGUGCCGAUGGCUGGUCGUUAUGAUCCUAAUCCCUUUGACGAUGGGGAGGAAGUCAACCCUUUCGCUGAAGGAGCAGCAGGAAAAGGCAGAAAAACAAAUUAUAGUGGGGGUUCAUUUUACACUACAGGUGUUCCUUCUGCUCCAAGUUCUAAGAUCUCACUUCUUCCUCAUGAGCCAGCAAAUUAUUAUGAUCGAAAUGCCUCAGUUGACAUUCCUCUUGAUUCUGCUUCGGAUCUGAAGAAGAGAGAGAGGGAUCUUCAAGCUAGGGAAGCUGAUCUGAAGAAGAGGGAAGAGAUAGUAAGACGAAAAGAGGAGGCAGCUGCUAGAGCUGGUAUUGUUCUUGAGGAGAAAAAUUGGCCACCAUUUUUCCCAAUCAUUCAUCACGAUAUUGCAAAUGAGAUACCGAUUCAUCUACAGAAAUUGCAGUAUGUUGCAUUCAUGACAUACUUGGGGUUGGUAUUUUGUCUUUUUUGGAAUAUUAUAGCCACAACGACUGCAUGGAUUAAAGGAGAAGACGUGGAGAUCUGGUUUCUUGCAGUUAUCUACUUCAUAUUAGGGGUUCCACUUGGCUAUGUUUUGUGGUACAGGCCACUUUAUCGUGUUUUUAGGAAGGAAAGUGCAUUUGGGUUUGGUUGGUUCUUCCUAUUUUACUUGUUACACAUAGCUUUUGUAAUCUUUGCGGCUGUUGCUCCUCCCGUUGUCUUCAAAGGGAAAUCUCUCACAGGAAUCCUACCAGCAGUUGAUCUUGUAGGAGAUCAAGCUUUAGUAGGGAUCUUCUACUUUCUUGGUUUCGGGCUAUUCUGUCUCGAGUCUCUGCUCAGCAUUUGGGUUAUUCAGCAAGUAUACAUGUAUUUCCGAGGGAGCGGCAGAGAAGCAGAGAUGAGACGUGGGGGUGCUUGAGGUGCAGUAUGAGCACCAAUCUGAGCCAUGAGUUAUUUUGAUUCUAAGAUUGUUUUUUAUGGUGAUUAUAUUUGCUGAUUUUAAAUUGAUGGAUUUGAGUUGUAAAAAAUAUAGAAAGAUGGCAGGAGAGGAAGUACUGAUAGUUUUUACCUUUGUUUGUAAAGCUGU